AUGAAGGUGGUAGAGAGGGAACGGGAAGCUCUUAUUAUUUUCAAACAUGCCUUAAAUUACUCUUCUGAUUUCUAUACCAAUCUGAGUUCGUGGGAGAAGGAAAGAGAUUGCUGUGUGUGGGACGGCAUUUCCUGCCAUAACACCACCCAUCAUGUUGUGAGCGUUGAAAUAUACGGUGGUCUUGAAAUACAGGGCGGUGUAAUAUCUGAGAGCUUGUGCACCCUCACUUUUGUUGCAACCAUACGCCUAACCAGCACGGGAUUAACAGGUACUAUUCCUCUGUGCUUGGGAAAACUCUCUUCUCUCACAGAACUGGAUCUAACUUUUAAUAGGUUGAGGGGAAACAUUACGUUGCCUUCUUCUCUUACUGUUCUUUAUUUAAGAGAUAACGUUUUAGAAGGUGAAACUGUUCUUAGCACUAUUUGUAUGCUCAGCAAUCUUAGAAAGGUUGAUCUUACUGGCAAUCAACUCAAUGGAAAUUUACCGUCCUGUCUGGGAAGGCUCUCUUCUCUAAUAGAACUAGAUUUAUCUGGUAAUGGCUUGAGUGGGAAUAUUCCAUUGUCCUUUGGAAACUUGUCUUCUUCUCUGGCUAUCCUUGGUUUAGCAGAUAAUGUUUUGGAAGGUGAAAAUGUCCUCACUACUAUUUGUAUGCUCAGCAACCUUAAUGAGAUUCCUUGGGGAAUCUUUCUUUGCUGGAAUUCUUAG